GCACUGCUGGUCACGAUCUUAUCAUUCAUGAUAACUCAAGCCCAAGAGGUACAGUAGGUCCUGCCAGCCAACAACCUCAUCAUCGGCUUCCCUGCACCACAAGCCCACCACUGGCAUAUGGCACAUCCACAUAUCCACACCUCAAAAUAGCUCCCUCCAUAGUGCAGUGCUUAACAUGGCGGCAUCGUCCACGGCUUCCCGCCCCUUCACGCCCUUCCUCCACAGGCACCAAGGGCGCGGCAGGUGCCGCACGAGGCUCGUCGUCGUCGCAGCGAGCACUCCAGACGCCGAGGCGCCGUCUCCGGAGGCGGCAGCUGCCCCAGGAAAGAAGAAGACGGUGGACACCAGGAUACACUGGUCUAACCCGGACGAAGGUUGGAUAGGAGGCAAAGACAUCAAGGAAGGCGAAAGCGGCAGCAAGAACGAGCCCUUGGGAAGGAGGUUCGCCGACCUCAUCAACGACCCCGCCGAGUCACACUACCAGUUCCUGGGAAUAGCACCUGAGGCGGACAUAGAAGAGAUCAAGGCGGCGUACCGGCGGCUGUCCAAGGAGUUCCACCCGGACACCACGAGGCUGCCUCUCAAGUCGGCUUCCGAGAAGUUCAUCUGGCUCCGGGAGGUGUACAACGUGCUGAGCGAGGAGGAGACCCGGCGGUUCUACGACUGGACGCUGGCGCAGGAGGCCGAGAGCCGCAGGCUGCAGCAGCUCCGGUCCCGUCUCGAGGACCCCUAUGAGCAGGACAUCCAGAGCUACGAGCCCGUGCCGGACAUGGUCGACCGCCUCGGUGGGAAGAACAUGGAGCUCAGUGACCAGGCCAUGACCGCUCUUGGGUUCGAUAUCGUCGUCAUCUUCUUCAGCAUCUGCUGCAUCAUCUACGCCGUCUUCUUCAAGGAGCAGUACUGACGACAACAGUACGUAAAGAACAGCCAGCCAAUGCUAUAUAGUGCAAAGUAAAUAGGUAAAAUAGCUGAUCAUAAUAUAUCUUCAGAUGUUAUACAUACCUCAAAAAUAGAAAGAUUUUAUAUCCUAUGAUGUAAUGUAAAAUACAAGCUAGGAAUCACUGAUAUAUUGUCUCAACAAUCUAUAGUUUUCUCCAAAA